CAAAAUAAACAAAAAAUUAUAAAGAGGGAUACGUUUCUGAAAAAUGUUUUCCCAUUUAGGGAAAUAUUACUUUCCAUCAGACAAUCAUUCAUAAUGAUGAAAAUUGAAUUUGGAAAUGCCAUCAUUCCCUUUAGUUGAAUAUAAAAAGAGAGAGAGAGAGAGACAAACUGAAAGACCAAAGAGAGAGGUUUUGGUUGUGGUUUUGAUCAAAUCCAAAGUGGCUGUUGUUGUUUUCUGAUCAAUUCAAUUGACAAUGUCUUUUUCUUUCUUCAAAGUUUCAAGGCCUAAAACCCCAUCAGAACUUGCCAAAGCUGUCAAAGACAGUUUUAAUGCCCUUGAUUCCAUUACCGUUGCUGAAGUCAAAGCCCUUGAAAAGGCUAUGGAAGAAGUUGAGAAAAAUAUUGUGGCAAUGAGAGUUAUGCUCGCCGGAGAUGGAGAAGUUGAGCCAAACCCAGAUCAAGUUGUACAACUAACACUUGAAGUUUGUAAUGAAGAUGUUAUUGCGCUCUUCAUUCACAAAUUACCUAUUUUGGGAUGGGAAGCUAGAAAAAAUUUGGUCCAUUGUUGGUCUAUUAUGUUGAAGCAAAAAGUUGACUCUGCAUCUUGUUGCGUGCAAUACAUGGAAAACCAUUUGGAAUUGCUGGACUUCCUAGUUGUUUGCUAUGACAACAAGGAAAUUGCGUUGCAUUGUGGAGGUAUGCUUAGGGAAUGCAUAAAAUUGCCACGCCUUGCAAAAUACAUCUUGGAGUCGCCCAGCUUUGAAUUGUUCUUCAAGUUCGUGGAGCUGCCGAAUUUCGAUGUUGCUUCUGAUGCAUUUUCUACCUUUAAGGAUUUACUCACCAAACAUGAAUCUGCUGUGUCUCAAUACCUGACGGAUAACUACAGUGAGUUCUUCGAGCAAUAUGAAAAACUCUUGACUUCUCCUAACUAUGUGACAAGAAGGCAAUCUCUGAAGCUUCUCUCAGAAUUUCUACUGGAGCCCCCAAAUUCCCAUAUUAUGAAGCGUUACAUAGCAGAAGUCAGCCAUUUGAAAGUCAUGAUGAAUCUUCUCAAGGACUCCAGCAAAAACAUCCAAAUCUCUGCUUUCCACAUUUUCAAGGUGUUUGUCGCAAAUCCAAACAAGCCUCGAGAAAUAAAACUUAUAUUGGCAAAGAACCAUGAAAGGUUAUUGGCAUUGCUAAACAACCUUGGAAAAGGGGGCGAAGACGAUCAAUUUGAAGAAGAAAAAGAGCUGAUUAUGAAAGAAAUAGAAAAGGUGUCUCGGUUGACUAACUUGGAAUCUUAAGUACAUUCCUUUUCUUUUCAUUUUGCCAUUCGAUCUCAUUCUUUGAAGUUAUAAGAAAUGCCACUGUGAGGUUGCUGCUUGUUCCAACAUCAUUUCCCAUGUCUAGAAAGAAAUACCAUGUACUAAUCUUCUCAACAAACUUAUUUCUCAAAUACAAUCUUCUUAUUCAUGAUAGAUAAGAUGUCUAUGCUGGUCAUAUUCUGCGAAUUUAAAGAGAUGUUAAAGUUAAUAUAUAUUUUAUCAUAAAUUGACGUGGUA